GUUUAUUAUUGAUCUGAUCACUGUGAUUAUUGAUUUAUGUCUGCAGCUGGUGAAAACUGUCGAUCUGGAUCCAAAGAAAAACUACAUCUUUGGUUUUCAUCCACAUGGUGUGCUGGUGGCGGGGGCCUUUGGGAACUUCUGCACGGAGGCGACAGGUUUCUCUCGUCUGUUUCCUGGACUGACGUCUCACCUGCUGAUGCUGCCGUUCUGGUUCAGAGUCCCCUUCUUCAGAGACUACAUCAUGUGUGGAGGCCUGGUGUCCUCCUGUAAGUCCAGCCUGUCUCACCUCGUCAGUCAUCCUGCAGGAGGAAACGUCGCCGUCAUCGCAGUGGGCGGAGCCCCGGAAGCUCUGGACGCUCGACCAGGAGCUUUAAAACUACAGGUGCACUUUUAUUUAUUUCAUCUGACUCCUCGUCUGAUUUACAGAAAUAUCUGUUUAUAUUUAUUUUAAAUAUGAAACACAGCA